CUCCUCGACUUCAUCCGUUCCAUCGGCGAAUAUAUCGUUGUAGCCAAUCUACACAAAAGACGCAGGACUGAGGAUGUCUGCGCAGUCGCAGUGGCCACAGCCGCUCAAGGACUUCGCCAACCGGACAUUCAAUGCCUGCACAGACUCGAACCGCAAGGCGGUGCAAGAGGAGCUUCGAUUGGUGAUCCUACGAUGCUUCCAGCAGGGCACCAUCGAGACCACAGACUGGGACAACAUGCAGCUCGAGUUGCUCGGAGGUGCUCCGGGCCACAAAAAGAAGCUGCUUGGGGGGAACAAUGGCGGCAAGAAGCGUUCGGCGCUCGCGGGUGGGGCUCAGUUCGAGUCGUUUGAAGACAGGGAGAGGAGAGAGAAGCGAGCGAGACGGUUUAAUAAUGAACAGGCGGCCUUUCAGAGUCAGGAGCGCGAGGCCAUGGAGAAUGCAAUGGCGAGCUCGAGCUUAGGGGCCAGGCUGGGCGGAUUUGACCCGAAUAGGGUAGCACCGCACAGUCCGAUUCCGUUUUCUGCAGCACGAGGUGGGGGCUGGGCAGGCUCAUCGUCGCCCUCACUGGCGUUCGGGGAUGCAGAAGUUGCAGAUCCGAAUGUCAUCGACUGGGAUGAGGACACCGUUGUGGGCCUUUCAACGAAGUUGGAAAAGCCUUACCUGCGCCUCACCUCGGCCCCUGACCCAAAGACGGUACGAACUCUGCCCACGCUGAUGCAGACACUCGAGCUGCUGAAGAAGAAGUGGCGGACCGAGGCCAAUUACAGUUACAUUUGCGAUCAAUUCAAGAGCAUGCGACAGGACCUGACAGUGCAAAGGAUCAAGAACGACUUCACCGUCAAAGUGUACGAGAUUCAUGCCCGAAUCGCCCUCGAGAAGGGCGACUUGGGGGAGUACAACCAGUGCCAGAGCCAGCUAAGGGUCCUUUACAGUCACGGUCUACCCGGAAGCGCAAUGGAGUUUCUGGCUUACCGCAUCCUCUAUCUUCUGCACACUCGCAACCGAAGAGACGUCAAUGCCCUGAUGGCAGAAUUGACGCCAGCACACAAGGCCGAGCCGGCCGUCGCUCAUGCGCUUAGCGUUCGUGCUGCACUGGCCACUGGAAACUAUCACGGCUUCUUCCGGCUAUAUGCCGAUGCACCGAACAUGAACGCUUACAUCAUGGACCACUUUGUCGACCGCGAACGAGCGAAUGCCCUGCUCGUCAUGUCAAAAUGCUUCCGACCGUCUCUUUCUCUCACCUUCUUGACAUCUGAACUUGCCUUCACAGAUCUGAACGAGGCCCAUGCUUUUCUCGAAAAGCACCAAGCCGCAAAUUACGUGGAGCCGACACCGGCUCAAGCUUUCUCAUCUAAGAGCGGCUCCAAAAAGGCAAAGGUUCCUCUGGAUCAGCGGCAGUGGGACACAAAAGGCGCACAAGCGGCUCUUCAAGCGGCAAGAGACAGAUUGCGAACCAUUGAUAUCAAAGGCCAAAUAUGAAGAUAGCGGCGACCUAGCAUAAUAAGCACUUAUCGAGUCAGCGGUACGUGGAAUCUCCCUCUCCCCUACCACCUUCUCGGCUUCAACACAUGGGAGAAGCCCUUCGCGACCCGGACUCAGCUCACCUCCCAAGGCUACACCGGAUCAAGGCCGUCUGCGAUGGACGUCGUCCUUGCCUGCGAGCAGUCAUGAAGACUUCCCUCGCAGGUCGUCCACCCUGAUUCGUUUCGUGGUCUAUCUCGUUGACAUCUUAUCCAUGUUCACUCUCACCAUUCUGUACAAUAAGCAACAAUUUGACCAAUUUAUCUAUUCUGCUCUGGC